AUGUCGACAGCGUCACGACCAUCGUCGACCUUCCAGCCCAUCGAUAUUGUUACUCCUGACAUUCAGUUUGACGUCACUAGAAGAUUUCUUGCUGAUCCUAACGAGGACAAGAUCAAUUUGGGCCAGGGGGCAUACAGAGAUGAAAAUGGAUUGCCUUGGGUGCUUCCAUCCGUCCAAAUGGCGAAGAGUUCUUUGGGAGACAUCAAUCACGAAUAUCUCCCUAUUGCUGGAUUCCAGCCAUUUGUGAUUGAAGCGACUAAGCUUUUGUUUGAUGGCACUGAGGCUCUUGCUGAAGAAAGGGUCGCCUCAUGCCAAUCCCUUUCUGGAACAGGAGCCCUCAUGCUUAUUGGCCUGACUUUGAAAAAGCUUAGUGCCGCUCCUGAUACCAUCUAUAUCACCGAUCCUUCAUGGGUGAACCACCAUUUGAUGUUCACGACGAUCGGAUUUAAGGUUGAGCAAAUUCCUUACUUCAAAAACGGCGGCUUUGACUUCGAUUCAUAUAUCAGUACUUUGAAAACCGCUAUCCCAGGGUCACCAAUUCUGCUUCACACAUGUGCACACAACCCUACCGGCUGUGACCCCACAAGAGACCAAUGGAUGACUAUUGGCUCCAUCAUCGAAGAAAGAGGGUUAUUUCCAAUUUUCGACUCUGCUUACCUUGGGUUUAAUUCCGGGUCCUUUAGUGAGGAUGCUUGGCCAAUCCGAUAUUUCUUGGAGCACUUGAAUGUUGAGCUCGCUGUCUGCCUGUCAAUGGCGAAGAAUAUGGGUCUUUACGGAGAGAGAAUUGGUCUUGUUACGUGCGCACUCUCCUCUUCAUCAGCGGCCAAAGUCGCGCAGUCGGUUCUUCAAAAUGUGCAGCGGGCUACAAUUACUGCUCCUCCAGCGUACGGGGCCCGCGUGGCUGCGGCUGUUCUGCGUACAUCUUCGAUUAGGGAGCAAUGGUCAAAGGAUCUUGUCGUAAUGUCAAGUCGCAUUCGAAAAAUGCGCAAGCGAGUAUACAAGGAGUUGCAGCUUCUUCAAACACCGGGUGACUGGUCUCACAUUGUUCGGCAAACGGGAAUGUUUGCAUAUCUGGGCAUCAGCAAGACUCAAGUCAAACACCUCGAAGAGAAUUUCCAUGUAUACAUGGUAGAGACCUCGCGGGUAUCUGUCGCUGGAUUGAACGACCAUAACGUUAAAAGGUUUGCGUGGGCGCUUGAUCAAACCGUGAGGAGCAUCCAGUAA